CCCCUGACAACAUAUAUAACACUUGGUCGAGUAAAAACCUAAAUAAAAAAGCAUUGAGAUAUACGACGAUAUGACAGUGGCGACGAGGAUAAAAAGUUAAAUAAGUUUUAAACUUGGAUCAGUCAGAAAAAGGUUCAAAUCAGCAGUAACGAAUUCGACAACAACACCAACUCCAAUGUCUGCCGUAAACAACAUCCCUCGAAGUGGUUUGCCUCCAUUUGCGCCGUUUGGUCCGCAUAGCGAUCGAGCAAGUCUUGCCGUGCAAUGGAAGAAAUGGUAUGGAAGAUUCGAAAAUAUGUUGAUUAGCUUACGAGAGUUCGACCCAGUUGUUAGACGUGGUUUAUUACUCACAUAUGUCGGAGAGGCGAGAAAUUACAUAUUCGACACGCUUCCUGACACGGGAACAAACUACGACAGCGCUUUGAGAAGUUUAACCGAAUACUUUGACCCUGUACGAAGUCAAGACAUGGCAAUCUACGAAUUUAGACAGAUAAAACAAGAAAUUAACGAAACAAUCAACAAUUUAUAUAGAAGGUUAAAUGAAAAAGCAGAUAUCUGCGAGUUUACCGAGGUAGACUCUGAAAACAGAACUCAAAUUAUUUAUACAACGUCUGACUCGAGAUUACGGCGAAAAGCGCUUCGAGAACAACUAGAUUCAAAAGCUCUUGUCGCGUAUUGUUCGAUGUUGGAAAAGACGGACAUGAAUGCUAAGUUACUAGAACAAAACCAGGAGUCUAGCCAAUCAACAAAUCACCUUUCAGAUCAACCUCGCCAUCGAAAACCUGCACAGCGCCGUUUCCAAGCACGUCAAAAUAAAGACGCCGAUCAAGCACGAAAUCAAGGAGAGCACAAUCAAAGUUCAAGAAAGUGUCGCAAUUGUGGAGGACCAUUGGCGCACAAAGAAGGCAAGUUGUCAUGCCCAGCCAGAGGAAAAAUGUCAUGCAUGUGGGAAAUUAGGACAUUUUGCAAAACUUUGUUUGUCAAAAGCACAACAAAAUCACCAAGGUCAGAGACAAAAUCCCAGGAAACACCUCAGGACUACCUUGACGAUACAGAUAAAGAAUUUGCCUAUGUAAUCACUAAUCAACUCAAGCACUAAACCGCAAGAGGCAG